AGUUGGCAUCUCUUGGUCAAUUGUGCCGAGUAAUGCAAAAGCGUCGCAGCAGCAGCUGCAAGCAAAUUCAAUAAGCAAAUUGAAAACACAAGUCAAGCGAAAAUAAAUAUAGAUAGAAAUUAAAUACAUAUGGAGGAGCUACGCAAGCAUUUAUCAAAGGUGAGCGUACCAUGUGGUACAGCGCCCAUCUACAAAGACGAAUGCGUGUUCUCCUACGACAAUCCGGAAACCCCAACGGGACUCUACGUCUGUCUGCAGACAUUUCUAGGCUUUGGCGAGGCUUUCGUCUGCGAAUAUGCCGCUAAAACGGGCAAUGCCGUUUUCCUGCACAUCAAGCGCGAACGCAAACUGAAGGCAGGCGAAUCCCAUCACGACCAAACGACGGAAGCCGGCCCAGAGCGUAAAAUUACACGUUUGGCCAUCGGCGUCGAUGGUGGCUACAAUGAAUCGGAUCUUGCCAAAAAGUAUGAGAUUAAGGAUACGUACAGCAUUGUUGUGGCACCGCAUCUGGACAAGAAGCUACCCUAUCCGGAUGCAGAGCUACCCAUGCGUGUCACACAGGCCGUGGAGGCGGUGCUUGAGGCGGACUCAGCCAUUGCCAAGCUGGAGAAGGCAACGCUAAUGGGCACCUGGGAUGGCGAGGUGCGUCAGGCGUCCAAACAUGCGGAGAAUCUGCAGCAGCUGGACAACGGCAAGAAAAUACCGCCAGCUGGCUGGCAAUGCGAAAAAUGUGAGCUGACCAACAAUCUGUGGCUGAACCUCACAGAUGGCUCCAUUAUGUGUGGACGCAAAUUCUUCGAUGGCAGCGGUGGCAAUGAUCAUGCCGUGGAGCAUUAUCGCCAGACGGGCUAUCCACUGGCAGUCAAACUGGGCACAAUUAGUGCUGAUGGUAAAUCGGAUGUGUUCUCUUAUCCCGAGGAUGAUAUGGUGCUGGAUCCACAUUUGGGCAAGCAUUUAAAGCAUUUUGGCAUCAAUAUGGCGGCGAUGCAAAAGUGUGAGAAGUCCAUGGUUGAGCUGGAGCUGGAAAUUAAUCAGCGCAUUGGGGAGUGGUCCGCUCUGACGGAGAGCGAGAGUGAACUGCAACCGUUGGCCGGGCCCGGGCUGACGGGCAUGCGCAAUCUGGGCAACUCGUGCUACAUCAACAGUGUGAUGCAGGUGCUCUUUGCCAUACCCGAUUUCCAGCAGCGUUUUGUGGGCAGUGGUGCCGAGCAUUACUUCAAGGCAUUUCCCAGCGACCCCGCCAACGAUUUCAACAUACAAAUGGCCAAGUUGGGCAAUGGCCUGCAGUCCGGUAAAUAUAGCAGCGUCAGUGAGAACUCGCUGGACAUGGAGCACAUGACGGGCAUAUCACCGGUCAUGUUCAAGAAUAUUGUCGGAAAGAAUCAUCCGGAAUUUAGCACGAAACAGCAGCAAGAUGCGAAUGAAUUCUAUUUGCAUUUGUUGUCGCUGCUCGAUCGCAAUUCACGCAAUCAAUUCAAUCCCGCCGAUGCGCUCAAGUUUCAGCUGGAGGAUCGUGUCGAGUGCAUGACCAGUCACAAGGUGAACUACAGGCUGCGCGAGGAGUACACCUUCGAGCUGCCCAUACCCCUCGAGCAGGCCACAAAUCUGGACGAGGUGCGUGAAUAUCAGGAGCGGGAGCAGGCAGCUCGGGCGAGCGGCCAGCGUCUCCUGGAUCGGGAUAUUGUGCGGCAUAAGGUGCCCCUGCAAGCGUGCCUCGAACGUUUCUUUGGCACCGAGAUCAUCGACCAGUUCUUCUCCACGGCCAUCAAUGCCAAGACGACGGCCAAGAAGAACACGCUGAUGGCCACCAUGCCCGAUUUCUUGAUGAUCCAUUUGGGUAAAUUUACGCUGGGCGAUGAUUGGGUGCCCAAGAAACUGGACGUUUCAGUGGAUAUGCCAGAUGAUCUGGAUCUGAGUGUUUGGCAUGCUCGAGGUGGCCUGCAGGCUGGAGAGGAAUUGCUCCCGGAACCGACUGCAGAGCCGCCAAAAUUUGUAUUUGAUGAGCAUGUGAUGUCGGAGCUGGUCAACAUGGGUUUUCCGCCGGAUGCGUGCAAACGUGCCUGUUUCCACACGCAAAAUAGCAGCUUGGAGGCUGCUUCGAAUUGGCUCAUGGAGCACAUUGCCGAUCCGGAUAUCUCCGAUCCGUUCGAGGUGCCGGCAAACAAUCGCAUUGGCGAUGGCGCCGCCGCAAAAUUUGUGGCCAAUCCCGAAAGUCUGGCCAUGCUGAUGAGCAUGGGCUUCGAUGAGAUGCAAGCGGUGGCCGCACUCAAAGCCACCGAUGGCAACGUGGAACGUGCCACAGAUUGGAUCUUCUCGCAUGCCGAUUGCAUCGAUGAGGUGCCUCCAGUUUCAGCGCCAACUCCAGCUUCAGCUCCAACAACUGCCACGGCGACGAGCAAUUAUCGCGAUGGCAAUGGUAAAUAUAAAUUGAUGGCGUUCAUCUCGCAUAUGGGCACCUCUGCCCAGGUGGGGCACUAUGUGUGCCACAUACGCAAACAGGGCGAAUGGGUGAUCUUCAAUGACACCAAGGUGGCCAAGUCACAGAAUCCGCCCAAGGAUCUGGGCUAUCUGUAUUUAUAUAUGCGCGAAGACUAACUGAUUGAUGAUCUCCUCUCUCCUCCUCCCUUAACUAACCAACCAAGCAAACAUCAAAUUUUUAAGAUUUGUGAAAUUUAUAUAUAUAUAAUAAACUGCUGUAUGUGAAAAAUAAAGAAAAACAACCGAUUCUAGUUGGCUGUAACCGAAUUCAAA